AUGGAUAACGUUGAGCUCGAAGAACCCUAUGACGAGGAAGGCAAUCUUAGCUAUGGCCAUAGCGAAGAUGACCUCGACAACGAUUACACAGGCAGUGGGGAUGCACAAAGUGGUGAGGACCGAUAUGCCAACAGUGAAAGCAAUGAGAGCGACGAAGAUCCCGAUGACGCUUCAGCAAAUGAUACGGAAGGUGAGCUUAGUGACAGUGUGAUUAGCGAAGAUCUUUCGAUGUCAGCAAGCGAUGACGACGAGGAAGAGGAGGACGAGGAAGAUGGAGAACUAGAGACAGGUAGCAUGGAAAGCGAUCUCAGUGGCUCAGACCAAGAGGACGGUGAGGAGGUGAAUGACACGGAAAGCGAUGUCAGUGGCUCAGACCAAGGGGAUGAUGAGGAGGUAAAUGACACGGAAAGUGACGAUAUCAGCUCGGAUAGCGAGGCAGUAUCGAUCGAAGAAGAGAUCAUCGACCCAGUGAGCGAAGAGAGCGGCUCGGAUAGUGAAGCAGAUGAUUCGAUUGGAGAGGGUGCUGGGGAAAACACCACAGUAGAGCCUAUGGGAUCUAGCGGCAUGUGCAACAAUGACAGCACUACACACCAUGAGCAAGAAAGCGUCUUGACGAGUACGCGGAGUAGCCCGGGAGGGAAUACGCCAGCUGGCGUACAAAAGCUCGCGCACCCAAAUGAAGUGGUGUCCAAGAAAUCUAAAGACAACGCCCGCAGAACCAACGAAGCUCAUCUCUCGCACCGUACCAAACCUAAUCUUGGACACGCCAAACUACCAUUCGAAACCAAGCAUCCUCGAACAUCGAAAAAUCUUGGGAAGUCGAAAGCCGACAAUGAAAUCAGUAUGGCUGACGAGCUCUUCCUGCCGGUCAUAUCAACUCAAUCUACCAAUAGCAACCAAAAGCCCAAAGCAACAAAACGGUUUCCUCUUACACACGAGACGGAGGCAACGCCUGCAGCAACUGCAAAUCGCAUAUCCAGCAAGAAGAAGCGAAAUCCUACGGUUCUUGAGAUGGAGGGAUCUGCAAUCCAAGUCCCCGCCAACACCAAACAGCAAUCCAACAGCAAAGCCAGCGGUACGAAAUUAUCCAAGAACGACGCACUUUACUCUCAUACCAAAUCCCCUCCCGUAUCCGCAAGCGACACGGAAGAACCUCGUGUACCUACUGGCUUCUCCAACCCCCCUAAGGUUCUCCUCAAUGGCAUCUUUGCCGGAGUGAUGAUGCAGAGGCGAAAGUCUACAGUGAGUGUAUUUGAUCACGACGCGCACGCAAUCAUCGGCUUUAGCUUCACGCAUGAGCGCGGCAAGCGGUAUAAGGAGGCUGGGAUGAAGAAGUACAAGACGUCCAAGGGUGGUUUUACACUCUGGUGGAAGCCUUACUCGCCAUCGGCGGACUACUUUGAUAGGGGAGAUUAA